AAACAAAAUAUUAUUUCAAAAUCAUAUUUCGUAGCGCGAAGAUCUUCACUAUUUGAGUUUGUCCGAUUGAUGAAAUAUCACGAAUUUUGUCGCCGAAGUUUGGACGAAACUGAAACUUCGGUCCCUCUCAUCCCGCAUUCUACUCGGCUCCCAGCGCAAGCGAUAGUUUGCCAGAUUGAGCUCCAGUGACUGACUGCUUUUUUGCCCGGACCUUACUACGCCCAUGGCUACAGGACCGUUAGAGUAUGUUAAAAAUGAUGACCUAUGUUUGGGUUUUCUUAUCACGGCAAGACCGUGCAAAAUUCAAAAAAUUUUCAAGUAUUCUCGUUUAAACAAUGUAACCACCAGUUCUAAAAAUGAGUCUGCAAGUAAUGAAUUAUUAUUGAACUAUGGAUAAAAUAUAGGGUAUAUGACAACAUUCAAAUUCUAAACGGAUGAUAGAAACACGUUAGAUCAUGGUCAUUCACUUUUGAGGUAAGGGUAACGUCUAGCAAGGCAGGUCCUCAGGUAGUUGAUCUGAGAAUAUACAGAUAUACAUAGAAGGUAGCGUAAGUAUUUUUUUGACGUCUCUUUGUCGUCUAUCGUCUGUGGUAUAUUUACGUGAGUAGUGACUAACUCUUUGGUUUAUUUUUCCAUUUAUUUUUAUUAAUCUUGGUUACAAAAAAAGUAACAGUAAAAAGGGUGUGCCGUGUGACUGUAUAAUAUUAUUACUAAAAUCAAAAUUAAUCUGAAAAAUCAAAGAAAUUGGUUUAUAGUUCUUUGGUUAUAUCAUUAAAAGACUACAAACGUGGUCAUAUUUAUUUUUGGUAAUGCUACAGAAAUUCCUGCCACACUGUGUCGAAACGCACCCGUGUAAACAAUUAUGGUAAAUCACAGUUCUCAGUGAUAUCAGGGCGUCUGCGUGCAACUUGGUUCCGAGCCAACGCACACAAGAGCAUCACCUGCCCGAUCCUGCUGACAUCUGCUCUCAGCACUUUACACAUGACGACUUUUAUGCAACCAUGAGUUGUGUAAAGCAGAUUCACUCUGAUGCUAUCCCUUCAACAGUGCAGAUGUGCAUGAUAUGCCUGGACACUGACAGCAAGCUGUCUCUAAUGAGUAAACACAAGUUGGAGGAGGCAUAUGAACAGCUAACUGGACUGUCUUUUCAGUUGUGUCGUGGAGGAAACCUGAAGCAAACACUCUGUGUGCUGUGUGCUCAGAGAUUGAUUAACUUCAGUAGAUUUAGAGACUUGUGCUUGAGAGCCCAUUCACUGAUGACAGACUUACUUGCACAAGAUGAAUUAAUUACAAUAAAAUAUAUAGAAUUGAUGAACUGCACAACAAAACCUCUGAAGUUUAAUUUGACACAAACCACAUUAGCAGCUGAUCACUAUGACUUGUACAUAGAUCACACUGAUGAAGAGGAACAGACAGCAGCAGAGGAAUCUGUAGUGGGAGAUGUUGCAACAGCUGUGGUAAAGACUGAAGACAAUUCCAACGACUUUAUUUCUACCGACAAUUACUCCAAUAUAAGCAUAAAGUUGGAAACAUGUUCACCAGAUAAAGAUAUAAAUGAAUCACUUCAUGCAGAAGCAGGAGCUUCCUGCACUACAGUUCCAGUACAUGUGUCUGAAACAGAGAAUUUCAUUAAGAUUGAAAGUGUUACCUUUGGAUGUACGCUUUGUUCUGAAGAGUUUAUGCGAGAGAAUGAAUACUAUGAUCACAUGAGCGAGCAUCUCAAGAAUGCUGGAGACGUGUGCGAGCCUCGUGCAGCUGUGAGCCGCAGCGGUGACUCACUCGUACUGCAGAACAAGUCAGUAUGCAACGACGCUGCAUGUGAUGCAUCACAAGUGUGCGAGCCUCGUGCAGCUGUGAGCCGCAGCGGUGACUCACUCGUGCUGCAGAACAAGUCAGUAUACAACGACGCUGCAUGUGAUGCAUCACAAGUGUGCGAGCCUCGUGCAGCUGUGAGCCGCAGCGGUGACUCACUCGUGCUGCAGAACAAGUCAGUAUACAACGACGCUGCAUGUGAUGCAUCACAAGUGUGCGAGCCUCGUGCAGCUGUGAGCCGCAGCGGUGACUCACUCGUGCUGCAGAACAAGUCAGUAUACAACGACGCUGCAUGUGAUGCAUCACAAGUGUGCGAGCCUCGUGCAGCUGUGAGCCGCAGCGGUGACUCACUCGUGCUGCAGAACAAGUCAGUAUACAACGACGCUGCAUGUGAUGCAUCACAAGUGUGCGAGCCUCGUGCAGCUGUGAGCCGCAGCGGUGACUCACUCGUGCUGCAGAACAAGUCAGUAUACAACGACGCUGCGUGUGAUGCAUCACAAGUGUGCGAGCCUCAUGCAGCUGUAAGCCGCAGCGGUGACUCACUCGUGCUGCAGAACAAGUCAGUAUACAACGACGCUGCAUGUGAUGCAUCACAAGUGUGCGAGCCUCGUGCAGCUGUGAGCCGCAGCGGUGACUCACUCGUGCUGCAGAACAAGUCAGUAUACAACGACGCUGCAUGUGAUGCAUCACAAGUGUGCGAGCCUCGUGCAGCUGUGAGCCGCAGCGGUGACUCACUCGUGCUGCAGAACAAGUCAGUAUACAACGACGCUGCAUGUGAUGCAUCACAAGUGUGCGAGCCUCGUGCAGCUGUGAGCCGCAGCGGUGACUCACUCGUGCUGCAGACCAAGACAGGGAGUCAGAGGCUGAGCGAUGAGCCUCCCCCGGCUGCAGGCUGCGCUCCGGCUAUAGUCGCUCCACUGUCCACGACACCUGCAGAAAACAACGAGAACAAAGUGCAAGCAACAGAAAUAUGCAAGUACAAAGCAAAACACAAAAGAACCCAUACUGGUGAAAAGCGUUAUUCAUGUGAGAUGUGCGACACUAAAUUUGCACGAAAAAGUGGUUUAUUGAGGCAUAUGAAAACCCACACUGGUGUAAAACCUUAUUCUUGUGAGAUGUGCGAUUAUAAAUUUGCAGUUAAGUCUAAUUUGUUACGCCAUAUGAAAACCCACAUUGAUGGAAAGCUUUACUCUUGUGAGAUUUGUAGUUAUACAAGUACAGAUAAGAGAAAUUUAUUAGUGCAUAGAACAAUCCACGCUGGUGAAAAGCCUUAUACUUGUGAGAUAUGCAAUAAUAAAUUUACACAUAAAACUAACUUGUUACAGCACAAAAGGAUUCACACUGGUGAAAAGCCGUAUUCAUGUGAGAUAUGCAAUCAUAAAUUUACAAAAAAAUUUGGUUUAUUGGUGCACAAAAGAACCCACACUGGUGAAAGGCCUUAUUCUUGUGAGAUGUGCAAUUAUACAUGUGCAGAUAAGAGAAAUUUAUUAGUGCAUAAAAGAACCCACACUGUUGAAAAGCCUUUUUCUUGUGAUAUAUGCGAUUCAGAAUUUCGACAAAAAAGCACUUUAAUAGAGCACAAAAGAACCCACACUGGUGAGAAGCCUUAUUCUUGUAAGAUGUGCGAUUAUAAAUUUGCACGAAAAGGCAGUUUAUUAAGGCAUACGAGAACCCACAGUGGUGUAAAACCUUAUCCUUGUGAGACAUGCGAUCAUAAAUUCACACGAAAAAAUCAUUUGCUGAACCAUAUGAGAAUCCACACUGAUGCAAAACCACAAGACUAAUGGUAAGAAAUAGUUCAGUCAGCUACAAGAGAACUCAUACUGGUAAAAGCUAUAGUGAGAUACGUAUGCAGCUACCAAUUUGCACUGCCAGCUGAUUUGCCCAACAUCCUGACAAACUACUUUGAAUAUCUUGUUCCUGUCCAUAUUCGGAAUGAAAAUAAAAGUCAGAUUUUUGCUAGCGUAAUAUCUUUAUUUCGACACCUAUUAUAUUAGUAUUUUAGCCUUAUAAACAUCUUAAACAGCAUUGAUAUUGGACUUAUUCAAAAUUUAAAAUUCAUUUAUUUUAAAUAGGCUCAGUUUACAAGCACUUUUGAUACAUCAGUUUGUAACGGAGUGUACGGAACCUAACAGCUCGGGCAAGGACUCCACCACUCCCUCAUACCUACAACGUUAUCAAAGGUCAGCUGUCGGCGCAGACUACGUCGGACUGACGACCCAACUCGACGAGAAACGGGGAUACAGAAGCCAGACCGCUCGAGCAAGGGCUCCACCACUACCAUAGACCGUUCCUAAAGAACCAGAUAUCGGCACAGACUGCCCAGGCGUCAACGAGUAACAUUGAGUACGGAACCCGAGCAGCACAAGCAAGAACUCCACCACUCCGGCAUUCCUGGAACGUUCUAGAAAAUCAGCCGGCGGCGCAGACUACGUCGAACGCAUGAGUCACCGACCCGUAUAUAAACUGAAAGCAGAUGCAGAAGAGAGACAUUUCGACCCUGGGUAUAAGACAGUCACGGUCAGCGGGUCGGUCACCCUUCGGGCCCAGUGUUUUCUUGUAUCCUAGGGGCGAAUGUCCACGACGUGAGCGAAGAUCCUUUUCGACCUACGGCAAAGGGGAGGAUCUGCGUCGUGUAACCGCGUUACCGCGAUUAGGUAGGAUAGUAUCAAAUCUGUAUUAGUGUGAGCGUCCGUCAUCAAGUGUCGUGUAUAAUUGUAAAGUAAUAAUAUAUCGAACAGUGUUUUGGC